AUGACGGACGAUCAGCAGGACGCGGAGCGACGUCGCAAGCAGAUUCGCGUGGCCCAGCAGACGUAUCGCCGGCGCAAGGAGAUCAUGAUCACUAGUUUACAAACCCGGGUGCAAGAGCUGGAAUCGGGCAUCGAAGAGCUUAGCGAGUCCUUCCUGUCAUUCAGUAGUCUUCUCCUUGAUGCUGAUAUACUCGAGAAACACCCACGGGUUACCUCCGCUCUCCAGAAAAUUGCGCAGCAGUACGUGUCGCUCGCCAAAAGCGGAUGCAAUGACCAUGAUCAGGCGGGUGCUGCGAACAACGCCGCAGAUACGCCGCAGCCGAGAAAGCUUAGCGUUGCGCGAAAUAUCAAGAUAGAUUACAAUCCAGACAUCGCACAACACGGUACCUUACCGAUCAUUGAAAGCAUCACUCAGUCCUCACCCGCCACGAGAGCUCAGUCACAGUUACAACUAACGCCGCCCUAUCAAGAACAACCCAUCCCCCCAUUCGAGAUCUAUCUAUCAUCACCUACUGUUCCAAUCUCAACUCCAAGUCCACCUCUACACAGUGCACUGACUAUCGUAUCUCUCGGAAAUCUCACGAAGCAAGGGUGGACGUUCUCACAUUGUCUUGUCCGAGAAUGCUACGAAAAUGGAUAUCGGUUGCUAGUGGAUUCACCUGAUAAUUACACAAAGAUUCAGGACAUCUUUGGCCGACAACUGACCAUCCUUGAGCGCAACGGCAUGAUUUCCGCGUUUUAUGCUGCCAUGCACGACGAGGUUGGGGACAUGAUUAAGCUCGAUGCUAAAUUCCUCAGUUCUCUCCGCUCGAAUAAUAACGCCUACUGUCUAGAACAGCCUGUGAUUUCAUCCAGAACAUGGCAAAAUGGAAUCAAGUCUGUUUCAGAUGAAUGGCUCGACGCAAGUGGGGUGCAGAGGUUUUUGCACAAGAAAGGCAUCAUCGUUCAGGUCACUGGCUCUGAGCAUUCUAGUCCGCCAUUCGAUUUCCACGCGAAGUUCGAUGUGCUAGCAUUCAUCAGGCUCCUCUCUCUCGAUCCCAUAUGCGUUGGCCGUGGGCCAGCAUUCCGAAUGCGCGAUGUUGAAAAUGCGCUACACCUCGCUACUUCAGAAAAUCCCUGGCCUUUCGACGUUGCAUGUCAUUUUACAUGA